AUGAUAAAACAAGUCCACCAAGAUCAACUAUCUCGUUCAGCUGAAGUUGCUAUUGAAUGUUGUGUUGAUAUAUGUAAAGCUUCAACUUAUGUAUCUAGGAAAGAUUCGUUGGCUUUACGUUUGAUUGUACCAGAAAUCGAGAAUGAUUUACGGGAAAGACUUUUUGAUCCUGUUAGAAGUUUGACAUAUGAUAAUCAAUUUAAUCAAAGCCUUAUGACUGAUUGUUUGACUGCAUUAUUCAAAUUAAACAAUACUACUUUAAGAUCAUUUAUUCCAGUCUGUUUAAAUGAAAAUGCACCAAGUGUUUUCAAAUUAGUAUUGGUUAAAAGCUGUUAUGUUAUUGCUUCAGAUGAAAAUAAAUUUCCUUGGAACCCGCAGCUUUCAACAAUGUAUCCUGUUCUUGCUACACCACUUCGAAGUUUAUUUCAUCAAUAUAUUACCAGUCGUGAUAAGCUAGAUGUUAAGAAAAAGAAGCAAACAAAAGAAAGACCAGAUGAAACCAACGAAAGAAUGGAAAUUAUUUUAACGAUCUUGAAAUUGUAUAAAUCUGAUCCUUUGCUAGUACUUAUACAUAGUGAUGCAAACGAGAACCCUGAGGAGAUUCAAAUGGUCAUUUACGGGAUGACUCUAUGUGUAAACGAUUACAAUCCUGUAAUUCGCACCACUGCAGCCGAAACAUUAUUAAAGUUACAUGAUUUAAAAUACAUUGAACAAUGGAGUCCAAAUGGUAAAAAGAUGCGUAAUUUUUGGGCUAUCAGUUCACAAGUUAUGUUAGCUAUUGCUAGACAAAUAUUAGAAUAUAAAGAACCUGAAGAGAGUACAAAAUAUUUGCUUGAUCUUUUACUUCAAUUAUUUAAACGACGUAACGAAUUCUUAAAAGCUCAUAAGGAUGAAUCUCACAUUGGCAUUAAUAUACCUGAAAGGCUUGGUUGUAAUAUUGUACUUGAAGUUGCAUUAUUAGUUUUGUUAUGCUCAUCAGACACAGAAAUUUGUUCAAUGUCAAUGAGUUGUUUUGGUCAUUUAUGUCAAGAGGCUCAGUUGUUAACUACUGAACUUAUAGGUGAUGAAGUAGAUGUUCAAGCUGUUCCACAUUCAGAAUUACCAAUUAUUGUAUUUCAUUAG